CGGCGAGACCGCACGCUCGCUGCCGCCGCGCCAGACACCGAGCCAGCCAGCAGCAGCAACCCCGGGCGCAUCCCCCGAGCAUGUCGGCGCACACCGACUGCUGCUUCGCGCCCACGUAAUCGCCCGUUGCCGUGUGCUGCCCUGCCGCCGCCCACGCUUGCGCGGCUUGGCUGGCGCCCGUUGAGCUGCCUCCACCGCGGAGCCGCCGCCGCCCUCACAACACGGGCACAGGCACCCCGGAGGGCCUCUUGAAUCUAGCGGAGCCACGGCGUGUAACAUGACCAGCAACCCCAUGGUCGAAGCCCGCAAUGGCUCGUCGCCCUUCCUGCUCCCCUCGCCGCCGCCGCCCCAGGGGCACCUCACCACCGCCCCUUCAGCAAACAACCACCUCCAGCCCUCGCCGAUCCCCCCGACCGCCUCGAGCCUGAGCCUGCAGCGCCCGCUGUCGGCCACCACCGCUUCGAGCAGCCGCGAGCGCUACUCGCACGACCAGGCCGACGGCGCCAACAACGUGCGCACGUCGCACAGCCAGUCGGUGUCGUCGAACCCGCUCACGCUGGCGUCGUCGCGCUCCAAGGACACGCAGGCGGCCGACGACAGGCAGCACCGCAUCGCCCGCACCCUCCCGCCCUGGGUCCAGUCCGCCGACGACGACGAGCAUGCCGACCACGCCUCGUCGCUGCUGCUGCCGCGCACGCCCACGUCGGCCCGCCCGGCCUCGCACAACUACCUCCCCACCCCCAAGUCGCACGUCCCGGGCCGCCGCUUCGACCACGCCCGCGAGCAUGCCCCCGUCACCCCCAAGACGCCCCUCGCCGAGCAGGCCUCCAAGUGGCAGCAGUUCGCAAAGGCCUCCGACCUGGACCGGCCCCCGUCCUCGCGCGGCCAGAUCGUCGACGACGACUGGAUGAAGGAGAACAUGCCCGAUCUCGAGGCAGAGUGGCAGCCCAUGGACCAGGACGAGAAGAAGCCGCUCAAGGGCUUCUUCCUCUUCAGCUCCGCUAAGCGCGCCCGCUUCCGCCGGGUCCUCAUGACCCACCCCAUGGUGCCGCUCGUCGUGCGCCUAAUCGUCCUUACCUUCUCUGUCCUGGCGCUUGCCCUGGCUGGCUCCAUCUUCCACCGCUCCGACAGCCGCUCGUGCAAGAACAACUCGUCUACCUGGAUGGCUGUGAUUGUCGAUGUCGUGGCCAUUAUCUACACCGUCUACAUCACCUACGACGAAUACACCUCGAGACCCCUGGGCCUGCGCUCCCACUACGCCAAGAUGCGUCUUGUCUUCCUCGAUCUCGCCUUCAUUGUCUUCGACUCCGCAAACCUCAGUCUGGCUUUCCAGGCGCUGACGGACAGCCGCUGGGCGUGCAUGGACGGCACCGAUCUGGCCGAUCCGCGCAAUGGCGGGUCGGGCUGCCCCUACGUGAAGAGCAUCUGUACCCGGCAAAAGGCGCUGACGGCUACACUGCUGAUUGCGCUGAUUGCAUGGCUGACUACCUUUGCCAUCAGCACCAUGAGGAUUAUCGAGCGCGUAGCGAGAUAACUGUACACAGCUCUACUUUCUUACUCUACCUACUUAUUUUGCAUCAUCCCACCCCCCAGUCCGCCCAUUUCCUUUUAUACUGCCCGUGUGCUGCAUAGCAAGGCGUUGUUGGUCUUCUCACACGAAUCACGUGAUCUGCUUUGUCCAUUUGUCGUUCCUGUUACCCAUGAGCACCAUCGAGGCCAGCGUUGCCUCGCCUAGAUAGAUAGCACCCGAGACAGAAGCAUAGAGCAUACCUGCCCGCAUACAUAUAAUCUUUCACUUCCAACACUGCCUUGUAAGCUUGUCUUCCAACCAUGCCGUCUCUACGCCAC